AAAAGGGUUAGCUCACGGUGUUGAAUCUCACUAUGAAGCUUGUUGAUAGUGUAGUUCGGAGCUUCAAGGUGGCUAAAAUAUUUCGCGAAAACUCGGAUCGCAUAAACAGCAUCGAUUUUUCAACGACCGGCGACACAUUGAUAUCAUGCUCAGAGGAUGAUCAAAUUGUUAUUUAUGAUUGUGAAAAGGGUACACAAAUGCGCACUGUAAAUUCUAAAAAAUAUGGCGUCGACCUUAUACACUUCACUCACGCAAAGAAUACAGCCAUUCACAGUAGCACAAAAAUUGAUGACACAAUUCGUUAUCUCAGUCUUCAUGAUAAUAAGUACAUACGAUAUUUCCCAGGCCAUACAAAAAAAGUAGUCUCUCUAUGCAUUAGCCCUAUUGAAGAUACAUUCCUCUCUGGUUCCCUAGAUAAGUCACUGAGACUUUGGGAUCUGAGAUCACCAAACUGUCAUGGUGUAAUGAAUGUUUCUGGUAGACCAGUUGCUGCUUAUGAUCCUGAAGGCCUUAUUUUUGCUGCUGGUGUUAACUCUGAAUCUAUUAAACUGUAUGAUUUGCGAAGUUUUGAUAAAGGUCCAUUUACUAACUUCAAACUUUCCCAAGAAAAGGAAUGUGAUUGGACUGGAUUAAAGUUCAGUCGGGAUGGAAAAACAAUUUUAAUUUCAACAAAUGGAAGUAUCAUCAGACUAAUAGAUGCAUUUCAUGGUACUCCACUACAAACAUUUACAGGCCAUCUUAACAAUAAAGGAAUUCCUAUUGAAGCCAGUUUUAGUCCAGAUUCACAGUUUGUGUUCAGUGGAUCAACAGAUGGUAGAGUACAUGUUUGGAAUGCUGAUACUGGCUAUAAAGUUUGUGUUCUUAACGGAGAUCAUCCUGCACCAGUACAAUGUGUUCAAUUUAAUCCAAAAUAUAUGAUGCUUGCAUCUGCAUGCACAAAUAUGGCAUUCUGGUUACCGACUGUUGAUGAUAUAGCAUAAAUAAUGUGAUAAAUAUAUUCCAAUGGUAAGCAACCAGUUUUAGAAUUCAUGUAAGAAAAAUAUAAUCGGAUGAACCGAAGACUAGUAGGCAGUUGUUGCCAGGCAAGUUAUUGUCAACAUUUUUAAACAAAUUUCGACAUAAAAAGUCCAUAAAAAUGGAACUUUCUACUCUGCUUUUGUCGUAAUUGUUAUAUUCCUGUGAAAAUAUGAACAUUAUUGGAAUUAAAAACACUGUUGACAAGAUUCUCAUUACAAGUGACUAAAUUUUUUAUGUUAGUC